AGAGGCCACCCAGGGCAGGAGAAGGCACUUCAGUCCAGGAGCUCCGACCAGACACACCCACAACAACCAGCACGAUGGCGCUUAAGUUUGCGGUCCUCGCGGCUCUCGUGGCCGCCGCCAGCGCCGGCUACCUGGGCGCCCCCGCCGUGGUGGCCCCCGGCGCCCCUGUUGCCGCUGCAGCAUACGGCGCCCCCGCCCUGUCGUACGCCGCACCCGCAGCGUACGCAGCCCGUACCUACGCCGCCCCCGCUCUGUCGUACGCCGCCCCCGCUGCGUACGCCGCCCGAGCUUACGCCGCCCCCGCCGCCUACGCCGCACCUGCCCUUUCCUACGCCGCCGCCCCCGCCGUGGCUAAGGUCGCCGCCGCCAUCGACACCGACUACGACCCCAACCCGUCCUACAACUACGCCUACGACAUCCAGGACGCUCUGACCGGCGACUCCAAGAACCAGCAGGAGAGCCGUCAAGGAGACGUCGUCCAGGGCAGCUACAGCCUCAACGAGCCUGACGGCACCCGCCGCACCGUCGAGUACACCGCCGACCCCGUCAACGGCUUCAACGCCGUCGUGCACAAGACGCCCCUGGCUGUUGGCCCCGCCGUCGCCAAAGUGGCUGCCCCCGCCUACGCCGCCGCACCGGCCCUGUCGUACGCUGCCCCCGCUGCGUACGCCGCCCGAGCAUACGCUCCCGCCGCCUACGCCGCCCCUGCUGCGUACGCUGCUCGUGCAUACGCCGCCCCCGCGCUGUCUUACGCCGCCCCCGCUGCGUACGCCGCCCGAGCUUACGCACCCGCCGCCUACGCCGCCCCCGCUGCUUACGCUGCUCGUGCCUACGCCGCCCCCGCUCUGUCUUACGGCGCCCCCGCCGCCUACGCCGCCCACGGUCUGGCAUAUGGUGCUGGGCUUGGAUACGGAUCGCACGCCAAGAUCAUCGGCUGAGCCUACCAGCAACCAACGACUUCACUCCACUUCCACCGCUCCUGACUGAUUUCAUUGUGCUAAUUAUAUAUGUUCUUUCAGGUCAUAUAACUAAUAAAAGCUUAAAAACUUA